UCCAUAAUCAUCACUAUGGUUUCUCUGUUCAGUCUUCUCCUUACCUGUCUUUUCCAGCUUGGUAACCCUCUUUUGGUCACUUCGUUUGGUGUCUCCCUUCUUCUCAGCAAUCUCUUUUUUCUUCUCCUCAAGCUAUUCAUUUCUUCGCCUUCCAUUGUAAAUGCAGAAUCUGCUACCAGGCGCCGCAGAUCUCCUACUGAGUACUCAGCAAAUUCGGGCACUCAACUCUCUACUUACAUGAUUCUGCCAUCUGGCAGUCAUUUAAAAUGUCAGGUGAAAGAGUUUCCCUCUACACACACUUAUUAUCGCUAA